AAACGGUUUCACAUGCGCAGUGGGCCUUCCCCGGUAAAGGCUGCUCCACACGUAUAAAAGAAGCGGGAUGAAAUCUGCAGUCAUUGUCUCUCUUGUUCACGACAGACGAGCAGCAGCACUGUCCCUCAGCUCCUUCCUUCCCUCUCGCUUACAAAUCAUGAACCGAGUCGUGUGCCUGAUGGUGGUGAUGGUGGCGGCGGCGCUGUCUGUUGCCAGCGCCUCCCGGCCCUGCAAUACCCACUGCCCGGACCCUUACCUUAACCUGCCUGGCCAUUACGUGUGCUGUGACCAACAUCCCGGCAAAUGCUUCAGACGAGAUAAGUGUCCACCACAUGAGCUCAACAAAGGUCUUCGCCAGACAAUCAAGUAUUGCCAUUAUGACCCUGAGUGUGCUUUACAUGAGAAAUGCUGCUAUGAUGUCUGCAUCGAAGCGAAGGUGUGCAAGCUUCCCGAAUAGCGAGCGCAAUAACCACCACCACCACCACCACCACCACCACCACCACCACCACUACAGGAGCCGUAUCUCAAAAGUUCUGGCGUCUCACCUCCACCACUUUUACCAUCAUGUAAUGAAAGUUCUUGAAAUUUGCAAGGGUCUUUCCAUAACUCUAAUGAUAAUUUAAGAAGGAUUCUACGUCAUAAAUGAGAAAACAUGCAUGAGAGGUCCAUUAUCACCUCUGUGGCCUUUGAAAACACCCCGGAUGAGAGAAUGAAGCGUUUCAAAAUCCAGGCAGAGGUUUUCGAGGGUGUUUUCACUGUUGUGGCGACAGUCCAGCAAGAAUCCACCAUGACCAGUGAGAGAAACACCCACGAGAACCCGACCAACCAUCUCGGCGACCCUUGAAAACACCCCUCAUGAGAGAACAACACCUUCCACUAUUAUGGUCUUUGAGUGGCUGGCUGAAAUGUGGACUCUGAGCCAUCUCCUUGUUGUUGCCUGCCAUUGCUUCGCUGUGCGUGGGUGAGACUGUGGCUCAGCUCAAUAAAUCGAUUGAAAAGUGAAAA